AUGUCAAGACCAGCCCAACUCAUAACCGACUUGACACCUGGUGUUAAUGUAUGGAAAAUAGCAGUCCGUGUUAUUGAUCUGUGGAUUGUCAAGGAGCAUAACGGGAACCAACACCUUGAAGCUAUAUUGCAAGAUAUAAAGGGAAACCAAAUACAUCUCAUCACUCGGAACCGCGAGCUAGAUGCCUGGAAAAAUACCUUGCUGGAAAACCAAACCUAUAUGGUUUACAAUGGAGAACCAUUAAUCAAUGACUUACCUUUAAAAGUCUGUGACAACAACUUCAAACUGUUUUUCAAUGCUACAACCACAAUCACUAGCAUUGACAUGCCUGAAAUUCCUCAGCACACUUUCAAUUUCAAACCAUUUGGGGAUUUCGAGAGUGGCGAAUUUAAUGUUGAUCGUUUAUACGUCUUCGGUUUCCUUAAAUCAGAUGUCAUUGGCAAACUACAGCAAGUUGUGAGGCCUAAGUGCUUCCUCAUGGCAAGGCAGAGACUUAAUCAAGACAAUGUACACAAUUUGAAACUAAGACUUAUAGCCAAUAGAUCUACAGAUGGAAGAGUGUACAACCAACCUACUGUUUCUGAGGUAGCUGCUUUAAUUGUUGGUGAUGUCGACGCUGCUGAAGAACGAGACAUUAUCAUGCAAAGACAAGGUGGCUCAUUGAAACGUAUUGAUGAAUUUCAUGCUAGCUAUCUAGCAUUCCAAUAUCCUUUGAUCUUUCCAUAUGGAGAAGAUGGUUAUAGACCAAAUGUGGCUCACCGAGAUCUCGAUAUCUUUGAUAAUAACCCAAGAAACAGACUUACUAUUCGAGAGUGGUUGGCAUUUAGAAUCCAAACAAGAUAUGAUGAGGGGAAAACUCUUUUAUCUUCUAGACGAUUGUUUCAACAAUUUCUGGUUGACGGCUUUACCAUGCUUGAGGGAGAGAGAUUGAAAUGGCUACGUAAUAAUCAAUCUAAGCUUCGAGUGUCAAAAUAUCGAAGUCUUAGUGAAGAAGGAGACCAAAGUCAAACACAAGGUUCUACGACCGGAAAAAGGGUGAUCUUACCAUCAUCGUAUGUUGGAAGUAGGAGAUUUAUGGAUCAACUUUACUAUGAUGGGAUGGCAAUAUGUAGCAAGGUAGGCUUUCCCGACCUUUUUAUUACUUUCACAUGCAACCCUAAAUGGCCAGAAAUCCAAAGAGCUUUGCUACCGCUAAACCUCAAGCCACAAGAUAGACCUGAUAUCAUUGCUAGAAUUUUUAAAAUGAAGUUUGAUAUGCUCUUAGCUGAUGUGACUAAAAAAGGAUGCUUAGGAAAGGUUCUUGCUUAUAUGUACACUAUAGAGUUUCAGAAAAGAGGUUUGCCACAUGCACACCUACUUAUCUUCUUGCAUCCUUCCAACAAAUACCCAGCACCUGAAGAUAUUGACAAAAUUAUUUCUGCGGAGGUACCGGAUCCUGUGAAAAAACCUAAGUUGUAUAGUCUUGUGAAAAACCACAUGGUACAUGGUCCUUGUGGUUUGGCAAACCCAAAAUGUCCAUGCAUGAAGGAGGGAAAGUGUACCAAAUAUUAUCCCAAGAAGUUUCAGAAUACAACCAUAGUUGAUCAAGAUGGUUAUCCCGUGUAUAGAAGACGUGAUAAUGGCCAUAAAAUUGAGAAGAAUGGAAUUUUAUUUCAUAGCGGUCAUGUUGUGCCACACAACCCUCAUUUGCUUAUGAAAUAUGAAGCUCACAUCAACAUGGAAUGGUGCAAUCAAAGUACUUCAAUCAAAUAUCUCUUCAAGUACAUCAACAAGGGUUCAGAUAGGAUAUCGGCAGUUCUUGUUCCAAAUUCCACAGAGCGUGAAGGAAAUAAUGAUGAAAUCAAGCAAUACCUUGAUUGUAGAUAUGUUUCACCAAGCGAGGCAUGUUGGAGAAUUUUCUCCUAUUCUAUACAUGGAAGGAAACCUGCUGUUGAAAGAUUGUUUUUUCACAUGGAAGGAGAGAACUCUGUUUAUUACAAAGAUUUUGAACAAAUUGGUAAUGUCCUUUUAAAGGCAAGUGUAACUGAGUCCAUGUUUACCUCUUGGUUUGUUGCUAAUAGGGAAUUUGAGGAAGCCAAACUCUUGACAUAUGGCCAGUUUGUGUCAAAGUUUGUUUACGACAAGAAAAAAAGAUGUUGGAAACCUAGGAAAAAAGGUUAUACAAUUGGUCGUUUGAUUUGGGUUCCUCCAUCAACCGGAGAAUUAUAUUACAUGCGCAUGUUGUUGACAGUGAGGAAAGGGCCUACAAGUUAUGACGAUCUCAAGACAAUUGAGGGGUUUAAACAUUCAUCUUUUCGAGAGGCAUGCUUUGCAAUGGGAUUUCUACAAGAUGAUAAAGAAUUCAUUGAGGCUAUCAAAGAAGCUUUUAAUUGGGGUUCUGGUGUAUUUCUCCGCAAGCUGUUUGUUACCAUGUUGUUGUCAGCGUCAAUGAACCGACCAGAUCACGUAUGGCGUAACACUUGGAUCUACUUAUCAGAUGGAAUUCUUUAUCAACAAAGGAUAAUAUCACGUAAUCCAGAGUUAUCGUUGUCUAACGAAGAGAUCAUAGAACUCACCUUGAUUGAAAUUGAGAAACAACUUCAAAAGAACCGACGGACUCUAAAAGAUUUUAAGCCGAUGCCUUAUCCAAACAGUUUUGUACUUGAUUUUCUUGGGAAUCGACUUAUUUACGAUGAGCGGCAAUAUGACAUUACAGCGCAGAAAAUACUAUACCAAAAUAUGUUUCAAUCUCUAACAGCUAUGUACUCCAUCCGGUAUUUUAUAUCAAACUGCAGUAUUGGAUAUCACAAACCAGUAUUUUCUGCGCUCCAUAGCAGUGUCACAAAUUUAACUGCCUUUGAAACUCAUAUAUAUGAAACUCAUAUAUACCGAGACUACGUCAUUAUAGCAAAUGAACAACAUAAUAUUUUCAAAGAAAUAAUGGAAGCUGUGUCCAAAAGGAAAGGUGGUGUCUUUUUUUUAUACGGUUACGGUGGAACUGGAAAGACAUUCAUGUGGAACACACUUUCAGCAGCUUUGCAUUCUAAUCGGGAAAUAGUUUUGAAUGUCGCAUCUAGCGGAAUUGCAAGUCUACUUUUGCCUGGAGGGAGAACUGCACAUUCAAGAUUCAAAAUACCUGUACCAUGCUUAGAAUCAUCCAUUUGUAACAUUGACAAAAAAUCAGACCUAGCUGGAUUGUUGCAAAUAACUAAUCUUAUCAUUUGGGAUGAAGCUCCUAUGGCUAGCAAAUUUUGUUUCGAAGCUCUUGACAAGUCUUUGAAAGAUAUAAUGGGUCAUGACAAGGUUGCUUCUAAGACAAUUUUUGGAGGAAAGGUUGUGGUCUUUGGUGGUGAUUUCAGACAAAUUCUACCCGUUGUUCCUAGAGGAACCCGGUCUGACAUUGUUCAUUCAACAAUAAAUGCGUCAUAUAUUUGGGAUCAUUGCAAAGUUCUAACGCUCACAAAAAAUAUGCGUUUGGUAUCUGGGACAAAUUCAACAAAUGCAGAUGAAAUAGACCGCUUUUCUAAGUGGAUAUUACAAGUUGGAGAUGGAAAGAUAUCUGAACCAAAUGAUGGAUAUGCUGAAAUUUGUAUUCCACCUGAGUUACUUCUAACAGAUUUUGUAAACCCAAUUGAAAAGAUUGUUACAAGUACCUAUCCGAAUAUCCUUGAUAAUUACACAAAUUCAACUUUCCUUCAAAGUAGAGCAAUAUUAGCUUCAACCAUCGAAGUUGUGGAUGAAAUCAAUGAUUACCUAAUAAAUCUUCUACCAGGUGAUGCAAAGGAAUUUUUAAGUAGUGACUCAAUUGACAGGGCCGAAGCUAAUGACAAUGAUGGUUUUGAGCAUUUGACACCUGAAUUUUUAAGUUGUUUGAAAUGUUCUGGUUUGCCAAAUCAUUCAUUGAAGCUAAAAGUUGGUACUUGUGUGAUGUUGAUAAGGAAUUUGGAUCAAUGUGAAGGUCUUUGCAAUGGUACAAGAUUAACGGUAACUAGACUUGCAAAUCAUGUCAUCGAAGCCAAGAUUAUAUCAGGUACACAUAUUGGAAAUACUAUUUACAUCCCAAGAAUGUCUUUAUCUCCUUCUCAAUCACCUUGGCCAUUCAAACUCAUUCGAAGACAGUUCCCCAUUAUUGUUUCAUUUGCUAUGACCAUAAAUAAAUCUCAAGGCCAAUCGUUAGACUAUGUUGGUCUAUAUUUGCCUAAAGAUGUCUUUAGUCACGGUCAACUAUAUGUGGCUAUGUCAAGAGUGAAGAGCAAAAAUGGGUUGAAAAUCUUGAUUCACGACAAAGACAAGAAACCAUUAUCUCAAACAACUAAUGUGGUCUUCAAAGAAGUGUUUCAUAAUGUUGUAUAG